GGCGUGGUUUGGAACGCCUGGUGAUGAUUGCAGUUAUAUCAUGUGAGAGUGGUGUGAUAAUAGGUCAAAGAAACAACUUUUCUUUACGUUACACGUUGUCUACCGAGGUCUUUUGUCUUGGGAUUUUGAAGUUGAAUAUCCAUGGCCAAUAUGCACAAUCUUCCUGCUCCAGUGGAAACAACAUCCAACCCUAAAGAUGGCAAGUGGGAUGGAGUGGUACUUGUAUGUGAGAAUCUAGACUGGAAGUGUGAGCCUAUUGAAUUCCUCAAGGAUCCCAUCAAGGCCGCACAAAAGGUGGACAAAUCAGCUGGAUCAGAUGUUCUUCUUUUUCCUCUGUCAGAGGGACCACCAUUUGUGAUCCACGCACCUACAGGACCUGUCAACAGGGACUAUGAUGAUGUCCGUCGCUAUGCAGAUGCAGCUGUCAAAGGCAUACAGAGAGCAAUCAAAGCCGGAAGCAAAGCCCCAUUACUUGUUAUUCCACCCACAAGUUCCUUCUCAGAUGCCUGGCCUGCAACGGUACUUGGGGCCUUCCAUGGACUCUAUGUGCCUCUUGAAAUCCGUGAAGAUGUCCCAAGCAAGAAACAGAAAGUUGAGAAGCUUGGAGUUUUCCUUCAUGGAACGGAAUUGAAUAUUGAUUAUGUCUCUGCCGUGGAAUCUGGAAGGCUUGUGUGCCGUGAUAUUGGAGGAUCCGAUCCAGAGAGAAUGGCUGCACCAAAUGUCGAGACAUAUGUCCGAAAAACGUUCAAAGGGACACCAGUGAAGAUUUCUGUCCUUGCUGAUGAAAGUGCAUUUGAAACAGACUAUCCUCUCUUGGCAGCUGUUAAUCGUUGUGCUAAACAUGUGAAGAGGCACCAGGGACGGCUGAUCCAGCUAGAGUACGUCGGUGAAGGAAAGAUUGACCAGACCCUUCUGUUGGUCGGAAAGGGAAUAACGUAUGAUACUGGUGGGGCUGAUAUCAAGGCCGGUGGGGUGAUGGCCGGUAUGCACAGGGAUAAAUGUGGAGCAGCUGCUGUUGCUGGAUUCUUCCAGAUUCUAGCCAAACUCAAGCCCAAAGGCAUCAAAGUGUUGGGCAAAAUGGCCAUGGUUCGCAAUAGCGUUGGCUCAGAUUGUUACGUGGCUGACGAGAUCAUCACGUCAGCAGCCGGUGUUCGUGUCAGGGUGGGUAACACAGAUGCUGAAGGAAGGAUGGUAAUGGCUGAUCCCCUGCACCACUCCAAGCUAGAGGCACUAAAGGAGAAGAAUCCUCACGUCAUCACCAUAGCAACCUUGACAGGACAUGCCAUCAGGGCCAUGGGUCCUAACUAUUCCAUUGUUUUAGACAACGGACCUGCCGCCAAGAAGAGCUUUGCGCAGAAAAUCCAAGCUGCUGGACAUGAGAUCGGAGAUCCAUUUGAAAUUUCAACCAUUCGUCGAGACGACUAUGAGUUCGCCCAGGGGAAGUCUGAAUAUGAAGAUGUUCUCCAGUGUAACAAUACUCCGUCUUCUGGAACGGCCCGCGGUCACCAGUUCCCAGCGGCCUUCCUCAUCAGGGCAUCAGGACUUGACAAGCAUGGCAUUGAUUCCAAGGAGCCUAUUUGCUUCUCUCACAUGGACAUCGCAGGCUCAAGUGGACCAUUCCCUGGCAUACCCACGGGCGCACCUAUUGUUGCCAUGGCAGAGUACUUCCUUAAGAACAGGAUCUAAAGGUUUUCAGGAAUGUCUUCAAAGUCAUUCAAAGAAUAGUAGAUUUAGGAGUACAUUUUCAUUUUAAGAAAUGAAAUUUAGAAUAUUUAAUGUGAUAUAGUAAGGUUAACAGUCCUCCUUUGCAAUUACAAUGGUUGUGUAACUAAGCAAGACUGAACAGUAGUUAGAAGCUAUACCCACCCAUAGAUCUAAUUUUUUACCAUCCACCAACAUUUCACUGGCAUAAAUCAAUUGAUUUGGGUGAAAACCGAAGUUAUUUCCUGGCAAACCUCAGCCGGGAUCCUUUGUGAAAAUUUCUACCCCAGCCAAGUUACUGUUUUUAGAUUUCGCACUAAAAGAAGUAGUCUUCUACGCAGGCGCUGUUAGUGUCAUCGGGCAACACACACACCCCUAGUCGAGUGAGCGCUGCUGCGUGACGGCACUAAUAGCUCCUGCGUAGCAGACUAUAAAAGUAGAAGUGACAAGAUAAAUUGUUUUCCCUGAAUAGUUGAAACGUACAUGUUCUAACCGUUUUAAGGACAGUUUGGGUACAAAUAGGAAGUGUAUGUCACAAGUGGUUGAUUUGAUUUAUCAAAACGGGGUUAGUAAUAAAAUUGAAUUCAAGCGUCUUCGUUUGAUCAAAAA